ACUCGUUUUAACUUACUUUGCAUGCCUCUAACCGCACUUUUCGGCCAAGAAAAUUGAGAACAGUUUCGAGAGUGCUUAAAAAUCAAACUCAAAUUCAAUGAUUUGCUGUUAAAAACGCUUGUAACAAUUUGGUCCAGCUAGAUACUACUGAUAGAGCUAUUAAAGAACUAUGGGAAACACUGUCUCGGCUGCUGAAGUAGCCGCUGCUCAAAUCGUUCGUCCGAAUGAGCCUGUGCAAAAUGCAUCUCAAAUUCCACACAAACAUCAUUUUGAUAUAAAAAAUUACUCGGGCGCUAUCCCGGCGGAGUGUCCAAUGCAUAAAAAGCAGGAACCUGCAUCUUCAGAAUGUCCGGUACAAGGAGGGCAAGGCGACAUCAACCCCUUAAAUAUGAUGGGUCCGGCUAAUCAAAAGCCUUCUCCCGGACAACCAUUUCCUCUAUCCACAGAUCGGCAAACUUCCACCAUACCAAAGGCUAUUGUUAAAGAAGGUGAAGGCCCAUUCUGGGUAUACCCGAGUGCUCAGAUGUUUUGGAAUGCCAUGCUAAGAAAGGGAUGGAAGUGGAAUGACGAAGAUAUCAGUCAAAAGGACAUGAACGAUAUUAUCAACAUUCAUAAUGCGAAUAACGAACAGGCAUGGAAAGAAGUGCUGAAGUGGGAAGCUCUACAUGCGGGUGAAUGUAUGGAUCCAAGGUUAAAAAGUUUUGGUGGAAAAGCGGCGGAUUAUAGUCCGAGAGCUCGAAUACGGCAGCUCAUGGGAUAUGAGCUACCAUUCGACCGACAUGAUUGGAUAGUGGAUAGGUGUGGCAAAGACGUAAGAUAUGUGAUCGAUUAUUAUGAUGGAGGCAAAGUUAAUAACAGGCACCAGUUUGCGCUAUUGGAUGUGAGACCAGCAAUGGACAGCGCCGAAAAUGUUUGGGACAGAAUGAAAGUAGCUUGGUGGAGAUGGUUCUACAGUAACGAGUAAAACAGCACUAUACAUCAAUCAUCAUACUACUUUCGUUGUGCGUAUUUAUUAUAUUAAUAAAUUGUUUAUGUGCCAGUGUUACGGGUAGAAUCAGUUGAAAAAACGAUGGUAUGUUUUAAUUCCGGAUUUAAUUUCCGCUAGUGGUGAGUUAGAAUCACUUACAGAAGUACCUUACAUGUAGCUAUACUUAAUUUAUACUAAAUUUCUGCCAAUUCAAUUUUCGUCUCAGUGAUUCUCAGUUGACAAGUAAAGGGUACUUAAUUAUAUGAUUAACGUUUCAAGUUUCAGCAUUCGUUUUCUGAUGGUUAUAUAGUUAUUUAACAAUGAAUCAUUCAAUGUUCAUAUACCAUGUUAGAGUUACAUGAGUACAAUAUCCCCACUUAGAUAUUCAAUAAAUACAUUACAACUAU